CGGCUUGGAAACCAUUGAAGUUUCUCCAUCUGUCCUUCCCGAACUCAAAUGAUGAUUGGUUGUGAUUAAUAAACGCGCAGUAUUGGACGGAAAAUGCAAAAAUCCGUCAGACGAUCAUCCUUCCUGUCGCCGCAGCCGUUGAUCCGGACGCAGCUCGCAGCGGAGGGCGAGGGAUUUUGUGUUUUCGGAAACUUGCGAGCGUUUCGAAACGAGCUGAUACUGAUGGGAGCGAGGGGCACGUGGGCGACGGGGGGAGGCGUCUCAAACACCUUUUUCACAAGACAGGAAGACGAAAGGAGAGAUAGAAAGAAGAAAGAGAGGAAGAAAGAGGUCCAGAUCCCCACCGGAGAGCGUCGAACCCCGACGUUUGUUGAAAGAAGCAGGAGAGACGGCUCAGAGACAGACAGACGGAUGCUAUGACACAGACAGCGGUGCAGGUUUUGUCGACGGUGCCCUGCUUCACUAUGAAGGGCCGAACGGUGGCGAUGUCUCCAGGAGAGGACGGUCUAAUCGGGAUCCCCUUCCCGGAGCACAGCAACGAGCUGCUGUCUCGUCUCAAUGCCCAGCGGCGGACCGGGCUGCUCUGCGACCUCACGCUGACGUCACAUGGCGCACGCUACCCCACGCACCGCUCCGUCAUGGCCGCGGUCAGCCUGUACUUCCGGCGUCUGUUCGGGGCGGAGGAGGGCGAGGAUGGAGACGAGGGCGUGGGCGACAGCUGCAGUGUCUGUCAGCUGGACUGUGUGUCUCCUGACGCUCUGGCCGCGCUGCUGGAGUUCGCCUACACCGCCACGCUGACCAUCCGCAGCUCGGGCAUGCGCGAGGUCCUGAAGGGCGCGCAGCUGCUGGGGAUCCAGUGCGUGGCCGACGCAUGCCGAGACAUCCUGGGCGAGACGGAGACGGGCGAGGAUCCGGCGGAGGAGGCUGUGAGGCCGGCGUCCCGACGCAAGCAGGACCGCUGCUCCGUGGCCCGAGCCGUGUCUCCCGUGAGGCCGGUGUGGAGGAGUCCAACGGCGCCGGAUACGCCCGAAUGUGGGCUGCUUCCCGCACAAGGACCCCCGGGGCUGCUGGUGAACGGAGGCUCGCACUGGCUGCAGGAGUUCACGCACAGACCCGAAGACACGCCCUCGGAGGAGGAGGAGUCUGGAGCGCAGGGGCGGGCCACGCCCCAACUCGGCCAAUCACAGGGCGAUGGUGCAGGAGGCGGAGCAAUGGCCGGAAGCGGCAGGAAGAGGAAGUCUCAGACGCCUCAGCAGUGUCCCGUCUGUCAGAAGAUCAUCCACGGGGCGGGAAAGCUGCCACGGCACAUGAGGACACACACGGGAGAGAAACCGUUCCAGUGCUCGGCCUGCGGCGUCCGCUUCACACGGAACGACAAGCUGAAGAUCCACAUGCGGAAGCACACGGGCGAGCGGCCGUAUCCGUGUCCCAGCUGCCCCGCGCGGUUCCUGCACUCCUACGACCUGAAGAACCAUCUCUCGCUGCACAGCGGGGACCGGCCCUUCGAGUGUCCGCUGUGCCACAAGGCUUUCGCCCGCGAGGACCAUCUGCAGCGCCACAGGAAGGGCCACAGCUGCCUGGAGCUCCGCAUGCGCCGCCCGCGCCGCCCCACCGGCCCCCAACACAGCGGGUCCUUCGUCCAGAUCCUGGAGGGCCACAGCGUCCCCGUCCCCCUGCUGCCAGGGGCCCGCAUGCCCUAUCCGGAGCUGCUGUGGCGGGCGGUUCCCGCGCCGGCGGGAAAAGCCCUGGAGAAAGCUGAAGGAGGCGCGUCUCCGCAUGGAAGCGCAUCGGUCGCGCAUCGAACCUGGGAGGAGGAAGAGGAGGAGCAGGAUGCUGCUGGGGAGGAGGAAGAGUGACCACGCCUACCUGUGUGUGUCGUCCUUCUCGGAGCGACUCCUGGAGCCUGGUCUGGGAUGGGAAAGCCUCAGGUAGAUGAUCUCUGGUCAGAUCGCUCAGGUGCUGUAGAGAACUGAGGCUCAGACGUCCUCUGCUUGCAAGUUUUGCACAUGAAUUUCUGAGUUAAAUUGCAAUCCAGCACGGAACAGACCGAAAGAAACGAGGAGGAGGAGGAGUCUUGCCUUUUUUUGGAGCAAAUGCAUAUCUGAGAUAUUUUUGAAAAGAAAAAGAAUAUUUGCAUUAUAUGAAAAAUGAGUAAUCAGUGACGUUUGUAACUAUAGCUUUAGCCGGCUUCAUUCACUGCAGGAGCUUUGGGCGAUCUGUAAUCUAUCCGAGACGCUCGCGAUCGAUUAUGGGAUGCAUUUCGUUUCGUCUGGUGUGUUACUGUUCGUCUGACUGCAGGGAGACUACCCAAAGAGGUUUAUUUGCACUAAAACGGGAUCUUUGUGUUGUGAAAUAUUAGUCUCCACUUAUGAUUGUAAAACCUCAAUUCCUUCAAAAACUCUUUGCGUCUUGAAUAUUAAGUACUUUGCUGAAGUUCUGAUUUUUUUCUUUUUAUGUAAAAAGGUCAAGCUGCCUUAGUUUGUUUUCUUUUUUUGCAACUAUUCUCAGGAAAUCUUGAGCCAUGCACUAAGUGGAUAUGCAAAAUAUUAAUUUAUUGUAAAUAUUUGUGCUUGGAAAUAUGAACGCCCUGUUAUUACGUAGUUUCUUUACACCUGUCUCUUAAAAUGAGUUGUUUAUGCAUUGAAUCCGAGUUGUUUUAUAUCAAAAGCAAAGGUUUGAUUGUGUGUGGGGUGAAAGCCUUUAAUCAGGGAUCUGUGUUGUGUUCAUAGAAUGAAAUCUUUCUCAGCGAUGGCAAAUCAUUUCCCAUAUUGUACAAAUAAAGAGCAAAUAAACCAAGA